AUGCCGGGGCAGGAAGCCGGUCCUGCGCCGGGCCCUUGGGAGCACGCGGCGCCCGGACACGUGACAGGGGAGCGCCGUCAGUCCCGGCGCACGCGCGCGCACGACCUGCGGGGCCCGGGGCCGGGGCCCUGCCUGAGGCGGGAGCUGAAGCUGCUUGAGUCCAUCUUCCACCGCGGCCACGAGCGCUUCCGCAUUGCCAGCGCCUGCCUGGACGAGCUGAGCUGCGAGUUCCUGCUGGCCGGGGCUGGAGGGGCCGGGGCGGGGGCCGCGCCCGGACCGCAUCUGCCCCCGCGGGGGCCGGUGCCCGGGGAUCCCGUCCGCAUCCACUGCAACAUCACGGAGUCCUACCCUGCUGUGCCCCCCAUCUGGUCAGUGGAGUCCGAUGACCCGAACCUGGCUGCUGUCUUGGAGAGGCUGGUGGACAUAAAGAAAGGGAAUACUCUGCUGCUGCAGCAUCUGAAAAGGAUCAUCUCCGACCUGUGUAAACUCUACAACCUCCCCCAGCACCCCGACGUGGAGAUGCUGGACCAGCCCCUGCCGGCGGAGCAGUGCACACAGGAGGACGUGUCUUCAGAAGACGAAGACGAGGAGAUGCCUGAGGACACGGAAGACCUAGAUCAUUACGAAAUGAAAGAGGAGGAGCCAGCUGAGGGCAAGAAAUCUGAAGAUGACGGCAUCGGAAAGGAAAACUUGGCCAUACUAGAGAAGAUUAAGAAGAACCAGAGGCAAGAUUACUUAAACGGCGCGGUAUCUGGUUCGGUGCAGGCCACUGACCGGCUGAUGAAGGAGCUCAGGGAUAUAUACCGGUCACAGAGUUUCAAAGGCGGAAACUAUGCAGUCGAACUCGUGAAUGACAGUCUGUACGAUUGGAACGUCAAACUCCUCAAAGUCGACCAGGACAGCGCUUUGCACAACGAUCUCCAGAUCCUCAAAGAGAAAGAAGGAGCUGACUUCAUCCUACUUAACUUUUCCUUCAAAGAUAACUUCCCCUUUGACCCGCCGUUUGUCAGGGUCGUGUCUCCCGUCCUGUCUGGAGGGUACGUUCUGGGCGGAGGCGCCAUCUGCAUGGAACUGCUCACCAAGCAGGGCUGGAGCAGCGCUUACUCCAUAGAGUCCGUGAUCAUGCAGAUCAGCGCCACGCUGGUGAAGGGGAAGGCGCGGGUGCAGUUUGGAGCCAACAAAUCCCAGUACAGCCUGACGAGAGCACAGCAGUCCUACAAGUCCCUGGUGCAGAUCCACGAGAAGAACGGCUGGUACACACCCCCCAAGGAAGAUGGCUAACCCUGGAGAGCCGUCCCUCCCUCUUCCCCAGGCGCCACUGGACCAAUUACCUUUGAAUGCUGUAUUCGGAUCUCAUGCUGCCUCUGUGGUUCCCUCCCUCGUUUUUCCUGGACGGGAUAGCUCUGCCUAUCGCAGGACAAUGAUGGCUAUUCUAAACGCUAAGGAAAACACAAACACAGACGUGUUUCAAGUACUCAAGACUGACUUAACAGACCAACCAACCACCUGGCUGGAACCCCUGCUAGCAGGCAUUCUUAUAAAAGAAACUUUCGAGCCUCCUUAUAUUGCUGGAAACUCAGCUGUGCUCCAGACUAGAGCCUCCUUACCUAUGCUAUGGAUUUUUAAUUUAUUUUCUCUUAUUUCAUGUACACUGCUUUUUUUGGUUACAGUGUAUGAUGGAUGUGUAUGAAAAAAAAUGUAUCUUUGGGAAAACAAUUACAGUUUGUUAAUUUGAAGAUGCUGGUCUUGACUCAUCUUUCUUUUUCUUCCCACCUCCCGCCCCACCCCCAACCCCCCCCUCGCUGCCUGGGCGGUGGGGGAGGGGCAGGGCCCCCGCCGCUUGGAGGAGAGGCUGCACUUUGCGGCGGAAGCUCGCCUGGCUCACCCCCAGGUUUCUCCCGGAGGCCCCCGGAGCGACCAGCACUUGUCCCCUCGGAAUGCAGAGCCUGGCCCGCUAAACCGCAACGGAGCAGGCUGGAAUGAUGCCCUCGGUGCUUAGGACGACUUUUCUUACCCAGUCUCAGAUGUUUCCAAAUUUCUAAGAACAAAGUGAGGACGAGGCUGGAGAGGCCACUUCAGAGAACUGCUUCUAAAUGAAUGGAGGGGUGGGGGAUGUGGGGCUCCCUGGCUCCCCUCCCUCCAAAAGGCCUCUGGCUGGCCUGGAGUGACUGCACAGACCUCUCGCUUCAUCAGGCUUGCACGGGAAGAUGGGCAGAGCUCUGAAGCAAGUUUUCCGGCUUGGAGAAUUACGGGUUCUUCGAAGCCGCUCGCUUAAGGUGGGUCUUUCCGGAAAGGGUUAGCUUCCAGGGGCUUGUUUUGGGCACUCGGGGCCUCACCCUGGCUCUGGGAACUGCUGGUCAGGGGAGAGUGGGGUGGGGAGGCCGCGUGGUGCUGUGUGGACCUGCGGGGUCCAGGUGCUGCCUGCCUUGUGGCCAGCGAGCCUGCUCUGGGGCCAAGGCAGCCCCUUGGGACCCAUCUGCCUGCAGACUGGGCGGUGGGCCAGAGGAGACUGGCGAAGGCUAGCGUUGGGCGGGGGGGCGCAGACUCAGGACCGUGGGCUGCGUAUCUGCAGGCCGCCAGCACUCGGUCAUGCUUUGUCGGAGACCCUGGCCGUUCAGCCGUUCCCUUCGGGAUUCUAAGUGUCACUGCUUCGGGCGCAGGGAGAGGCUGCCAGCCCUGCCCAGUGCUGCCCUGACUGCCCACGCUCACCUGAUUCGGGUGCUGGACACACGGAGGUUGAGAUACAGAGGGGCCCUGGGGGAGACACUCCAUAGAGCUGAAAUCUGGGUCUCGAGGCCUCUGUGGCUUUCUGAACUUACCAGCAGCCCUGGCUGGAAUGUAGAUUGUGUUUUUAGUAAUGUGUACUGUGAGCUGUCCUCUGUAUAACGUAUUUUGUAAUGUAUUUUUCUCAUCUACCAAAGGAUGAAACAAAUAAACUUAUUUAAAUA